GUCAGCAUGGAAGGAGCGGGCUGCCGUACUCUCCGUGGGCAUGACAGCUGAUCGCAGCGUCUCGUCCGUGGCAAGCCCGGGGGCUCUCCAGCUUGUUGGCACAUCACAUACACAAUCGCCUCUAAUGCUAAAGGUGUAGGCUGCAUUUGGAAAUGUAAUGGGCAGCGCUCCAAAGUGAAAGGAUAAGGAAAGCUGUCCCAGCGCCGAUCCCUGGCUCGACACCACCAACGCGGCGAAGUCGUUACAUAUCAAACAGCUGCUUUCUCCUGUCUUCAUGCUCGGUGGCUCCGGCAGCAGGGCAGUGGCUGGAACAUGGCUCUGACCCUCAUCCCUCCCUCCCCGUGGCCAGGUCACGUCAGCUCAGGUCUGGGAGAGAAGAGGGCACUCUGAUACUCCUGUUGUUGCGGUCAUUAUAACCAAACUUUGAACAUUUUCAGCUAAGAGGUGUUUCUGGACAAAACCUCCUGUUGCCUUGAUCACUAAACCAAAAUCAAAGGCACAGACCGAGGAUGGAGGCAGGCUCGGUGGUGCGCGCUGUGUUUGAGUUCCUGCCCAGCGUCUCGGAGGAGCUUCCCCUCUUCGCCGGCGACAUCGUCGAAGUCCUUAGCGUGGUAGACGAGUUCUGGCUGCUGGGAGUCAAAGACGGAGUCACAGGCCAGUUCCCCAGCACCUUUGUGGAAUCGGUCACCAUCCCCCCUACAAAACCGGGGGAGCAACUCUAUGUGUGUAUCAGCCACUUCACCUCCUCGGAGUCUGGCCACCUCCCCCUGAAGAGAGGUGACGUGGUGGCUGGCGAGGGCAGGGUGCAUGUGGCCUGGCAGAGGGGUCGCAAUGCCUGGGGCUCGCGGGGCCUGUUCCCCACAUCCUGCGUGAAGGAGAUGGAGCUGUCCUGCCGUUCCAGGCAGCUGAGCGAGCGCAGCGCGGCGGCCCAAGCGUCCGAGCUGCCGCCCCACGCCCUGGGCCGGGCCCGGGCCCUCAUGGGCCUCCGCGCCCAGCUUGACGAGGAGCUGGACUUCCGCGAGGGUGACAUCAUCACCAUAGUGGCCGUGCCCGAGCCGGGCUGGUUCCAGGGGGAGCUGGAUGGCAGGACGGGCGUGUUCCCUGAGGGCUUUGUGGAGCUGCUCACACCCCUGCGCUCGCCCCAGGAAGAAACUGAACCUCCCAGCAUGGACCAGUAUCACCAGCUGGGUAAGGAGGAAGAGGAGCAGAGUGUCCAGGAGGGGGAGCAGGAGCAGGAGGGAGUGAAGCAUGACACGGAAACGGAGACACAGCAUCAGGAGGAAGAGGAGGAGGAGGAGGAGGAGGAAGAGGAGGGAAGCAUGUACGGCACUGCCCUGUACGAGUUCCGGGCUUUGGAACCAGGGGAGUUGGACUUUGAUGUUGGGGACAGAAUACGGAUCUUCGGAACGCUGGAGGACGGCUGGUUAGAAGGGCAGUUGCGGGGUAAGAGAGGGAUUUUCCCCCAUCGGUUCGUUAAGAUGGAUAUGCAGCUGCAGGCUGUGCCACACCUACCGGUUGGGAACAAGGAAGUGAGGCACCCAGAAAAACAGCAAGGGCACAGUUUUCCAGCUGAGUGCACUUCUGGCCAAAGAGACCGUACUGUGCCGGAGUAUGAGCAGGAAUGUGUCACCCACGAAGACCACACAGUCUGGGAUCUGGACUACUUUGAACGCAGGGAGAAGAGCAAAGAGACCCGUGUGAGGGACGCACAGUCCAAAGCCGGCUCUCAGGACAGGGCGGAGGCUUGGAGCCAGCCACGGCCCCAGCUGGGGCCCCGGAGGAGAGAGAGGCCUCCGCCCCCACUCACGCAGCCCAGUCGCACGCGCCACUCGUUCCAGAGGGCGGACUCGGGGAGGCCCGCUCCGGCCAGACCGCAGCUGCCCCCCCGACCAAGCUUCCACAUACUCAGCAGCAGGCGGCACAGUGCCAGCAGUCGGAGAAGCCUGCCGGCGGGAGUUCCCGUUCCCAGCGCCAGGACCCAGAGCCUUAAGCAACCUGGCAGAACCACGGCAGGCUCCCAGAGCAGGUCCUCCUGGACCAGGAAUAACAGGCAGUACGCGUCCCAUGACGGCGGCCACCCCUUCACCACCAGAGUGUUGGCCGGCCAGGAGGAGACGAGCCACUGUGCCAGUGUUGGCGAUGCCAAUCUCAGUUCUAGUGAGAGUGGUGAGCGGAGGGUGUGGUCACAGGGGCAGACCAAUGGGCUUUCGGCUUCUCAGACACUGGACUCUCUGGCCAUGUCUACGGGCAACCUGGAGGACAAGCUGUCCCAACAGUUGCUGGAGUUUGAGAGAAGCCUUCCAGGUUGUGCCAGGGGCAGAGAGGAUCAGGGCAGGACGGAGGAGUUCGGUGUUGACUGGGAAAACAAGGCCACCCGCCACUUCUCCAUCUUGGACUACAGCAGUGAAAAUGACAUCAUCAGAGGCUCUUCCCACUCACCGCUAGGCCACCUCCUGCCCCCUGGCCCCUCCCCUUCAGAUGCCACCUCCUCUCUGGAGAGGCGGAAGACACUGCGGCCUCCUCCUCCUCGUCCCAAGAUCCUCAAACCGUCAGCACCUCCGAGCUCCCACACUCUUCCUCUUACCAAUGGCCGCGUUGCCCCGCAGCCUUGUAGGCCGGCCCCGCCGGCACCCCGCCCACCUCCACCCUGUCCCCGCCCAAGCCCGGAUGCCCCGGCCCGCCCCUCUACACAGAACCCCAACCUCUUAUUCUCAACUGAGCCAGAAGAGGUGGUGCAGGAGGACGAGCUCAAGGAAGCUGAAGACGUUCUAGAGAUGGAGCGAGAGAGGGAGAGGGAUCGGGAGCAGUACGGACUCCUCCUCAGGCUCGAGGAGGUGGAGAGGGACAUCGAUGUGUACACAUGCACAGCCCAGGAGCUGCGUGCCAUACUGGAGGAAGAGGGGGAGGAAGAAGAGGAGGUCCGCCAGCAGUCUCUGGACAACCUGGCGUUGUGCACCUACACGGUGGAGAUCCUCACCCUGGAGCAGCAGCAGUUACGAGGACGUAUGGGACGGGACAGUUUUGUGUUUACCCUCAACGCUGUUGGUUCAACAAUCAGCUGCUGGGAGUGUAGGUGUGUGCAGAAUGAGAUGACUGCUUCUGCGUCUAAGACUCUGGAGUCGGCGCCGACCUCUGCAGCCACCACCGAGGAUCCGGAGCAGAGGAUGCUGGAGAAAAGGUCAAAGGUCAUAAAGGAGCUCCUGCAGACUGAGAAGGAUUACAUAAAAGACCUGACAAUGUGUAGGACAAAAAUCAUGGAGCCCAUGAAGAGUAAACAGGUCCAGAAUAUAGACUUUGAUGGUCUUUUUGGCAACAUCGAAUCCGUAACUGAGCUUUCCAGCCGGCUUUACGAGGCACUUCAGGAUGCAGACUCUAUAGGAAAAGUCUUCCUGGACUUCAAAUCUGAGCUGGAGGAGGUGUACAAACUAUACUGUCAGAAUCAUGACGAUGCCAUCUCCCUGCUGGAGACCUACGAGAAAGAUGAGACCAUCCAGAGACAGGUGCAGGCGUGUCUGGAGACUCUCCGAGAGAUGUACCGCGAGUGGGGGAAGACUAACUACAUUAAUCUGGGCUCCUUCCUCAUUAAGCCUGUGCAGAGGGUGAUGCGUUACCCACUGCUUCUCACCGAGCUCCUGAACACCACGCCGGUGUCCCACCAUGAUAGAAAGCAGCUGGAAGACGCUGUGCAGUCCAUCAAAGAGAUCAACGUCAACAUCAACGAGCACAAGCGGAGAAAGGAUCUCGUGGUGAAGUACCGCAAAGGUGAUGAGGACAGGCUCAUUGACAAGAUCUCCAAACUGAGCAUGCACUCAAUCAUCAAGAAGUCAAACAGAGUGAGCAGCCACCUGAAACAUCUGACUGGGAUUUCACCACAGAUCAAAGAUGAAGCAUUUGAUGAAGCGGAGAAGCGAUUCAGACUCCAGGAGCGACUAAUCAAAUCCUUCAUCAGGGACAUUUCCCUCUACCUGCAGCACAUACGGGAGUCGGCCUCGGUGAAGGUGCUGUCAGCCAUCAGUUUCUGUGACAUCUAUGCUGAGCAGCACCAGGACCCUGAGCCCUUCCAGCAAGCCCAUCGCCUCAUCAGUGAAAGGCACUUCACCCUGUUUAAGGAGAGGACCGAGGCCCUGGUCAUCUCGCCCCUCAACCAGCUGCUGUCCAUGUUCGCCGGGCCGCACAAGCUCAUCCAGAAGCGCUUCGACAAGCUGCUCGACUACGACAGCUGCAAGGAGCGCGCCGAUCGCCUGCGUGAACGGCGCGUGCAGGACGAACUGCAGGCGGCCCGCAACAACUACGAGGCGCUAAACGGGCAGCUGCUGGACGAGCUGCCCAAGUUCCACCGCGCAGCCGAGGAACUGCUGACGGGCUGUGCGCGAGCCUUCACCCAGGCCCAGAGAGACUUCAUCCGCCGCGCGUUAGAGGAGCUCACCCCCCUCAUGCAGCUUCCAGAUGCUGGUGGCGCAGAGGGGAACCUGGUGGCCCUGUUUCAGGAGGACCACAGCCGUGUCCUCCAGCUGCUCCAAAGCUUCAGCUUCUACCCCGAGAGCCUGCCCACGUCCCGCAAGCCUUUCGACAAGAGGACGCUGGAGAAGCAGAGCUCCAAGAAGCCGCUACACAACCCCCCAAGCUGCAUGCUGCAGACGAAUGAGCACCGGGCAGCACUGCUGAGCCGCUACGACCCAGACAAACUCUUCCAGGCUGAGAGGAACUUCAAUGCAGCACAGGACCUGGACAUAUCCAUACUGGAGGGGGACCUUGUGGGGGUCAUCAAACAGCAAGACCCCAUGGGCAGCCAGAACCGCUGGCUCAUAGACAAUGGUGCCACAAAGGGCUUUGUUUACAGCUCCUUCUUGAAGCCCUAUAACCCACGUAGGAGCCAAUCAGAUGUCUCCAUUGAGAGCCAUUCUUCCAAUGAGUCAGGUUAUGGUGGCUCCUCCCCCGUGUUCUCUAGACAGAACAGCAACAGCACACUGACAUUCAACCAAGAGACAUCCACUGUCAGCUUCUCUAUAGCUGCUCCCCCAAACAUGGCAUCCACACGCCCAACUCAGGACUCUGCCCCCUCCCACAGGAACACCAAUACAGACUCUGCAUCACCUAACUACCCUCCCACCAAUCAGAGGGAUACCCUUGACUCCUCUUACAGGAAUUAUUCCAAUCACAGGGAACUGCCUGAGAAAGCCUAUUGUAACACAGCAAAUCUCAGGGACUACUCAGAGCCUUUGUACGAGAAUCUGGCCAAUUACAGAGAUGCCUCUGACUCAACUUACACUACUCCAGCCCAACUCGGGGACCUCUCAGAUCCCUCGGAGACAGAAUCUUGCUCCUCCAAUAGGGACUCAAGUCUCGAGUCGUCACAGAGGUACACAACCUAUGGCUCUCAACAGAGACGGAAUGGGGAGUGGUCAGCACAGCCUAGGAGGCCUCAGUACCCUGCUGAUGAAAGCACAGAGCCCCGCCCAGAUCCUGAGCCGGAGCAGGACGGCCAUCAGAUUUAUUAUGCUCUUUAUUCUUUCAAUGCACGGUGUUCCAAUGAGCUAAGCAUCUCCGCCAACCAGCGGCUACGGAUCCUUGAGUUCCAGGACAUGAAUGGCAAUCAGGAGUGGUGGCUGGGAGAAGUGGAGGGACGGAGGGGCUAUGUCCCCUCUAACUACAUCCGCAAGUCAGAGUACACCUGAGUGCCACGUCCCAUCUGGGGAGAUGCAGACAGCCCGCUGGUGAGGCCAGACCUCCGCAGACAAGCUCGGCUGGGGAGAGAGACAGAAGAACAGACAUUACCCAGCUGCUGUGGGAGAUGAGGCGACGUGACAAAAGACAAGUGUCAUUUGGAACUGUUUAUUGCUGCUGUUGGGAAGAGAACGUGUCUCUCCUUUAACUGUUUCCCAUUCCUCAACUUUCCCAUUUGUUGUAUUCUGUUCUGGAACGUGAGACUUGAACUCUCUCUUGUGGCGCUCAUGAGGAGUGUUUGAGCAUGGUGCAUUCUGGUUCUGGAUCAAGAAUGUGGUGGCCUGUGUGACAACAUGGGUUAUGUUCAGGCUUGCACUCUGGUGCACUGAAUGCCAAGGGGCAUUCUUAGUUGGUUGGGUGCAGUCUGAGAAUAGUGCUAGCACUUACCUGGUGUACUAAAGAAAAACAGAUUUAUUGUGAAGUGGAAAAACCUGUACUGGAUAUGCGUGCAUGACUCUGGCAUGAAAAACUGAUAUUAUGCAGGGGUGUGUGUUAUGGGAGAAAGCACACUCAACUGAACCAGUGGAGCCAAUGUGAUGUCUUGGAGACAUGUAAACUCACCCAGUUGACAAUCACAGUGCACAUGGAGACAGACCUAUGCCUCAUUCACCUGCUGUGUAUUAAUCUCUUUUAACAUGAAUAACAAGAAGUGUGUAUUUUUUACAGUGCUCAGAACCAGGUUCUGAUUAUGUAUCUCCUGACCAAUAUUUAAAUUCUCUCCUGAGACUUGGAAUGAAACGUAAGAGGCUUCUUUUUUUUUUUUUGAAUGCCUUCUGUCUUUUGAGCCACUCACAUAUGUAUGAGUUUUAUAGGAACUAGAGCCACAAAUGGGUUUGAUCGAUAGCGAGUGAGAGAUCAAACUAUUUGAUGUGUCCCCUCUCAAGAUGAUUAUUUGAUCCUAUGACAUCAUUUCAUGCUGUGUAUUGAACAUGUAUGUCUGUACUCCAGUGUCAAGUGAGCCAUUCCCUUACCAUUUGAAUAAAAAACUUAGGAAUGACUAAGUGUGUCUGAAUAGCCCAGUGUGACUCAAUGACCAUGUUGUCCCUGCCAUACUGUUGCCUUUUAUAGAGGCCUCUGCACUCUGAACAGAUCAUGUUUAUCAGUGCUGUUUAUAAUUCAUUGAACAUUUUACUAUAAAGUUUUUUUUUCUUUACAUGUGUCUCCAGUUUUGGGACCAUCUUCUCUAGUUUUGAACCUCGGUCGGUACUGAUCUCAGUUGGUACUGAUGUAAUGUUAAUGCUUUGUUCUUCACUGCUACCAAUGGUUCCAGAUAGUGUUCCAUCAGUACCAAAACUGAUCAUACAAGUGACUGACUGACUUUAUAAAAUCUGUUUAUUUGUAAGGCUUCAGAGAGAUUAGUUCAGAGCAGUGAUUCAAAGUAAACAUAGUGAAAAGUAAACAUUGCCAUUGACCCAGUGGAGAAAGAAGUCAGAACUCACCUCCUGCUUAUUCCAGCAGGACCACAGAGUUCAUUUGGUCUUAAGGAAUUGCAAUGCCCAUGUCACAAUUCACAUAUGAACUGCCUAAAUUAACAUAAACAUAUAAACAAAGGUGAGAAGCCACUAGUGGAAAUCUUAUGUUGUAGAGCAAAGCUGGAAGUUGUGGCUAAAGGGGGUGGAUACUGUGUAUGCAUGCAUAUGGUUGGACAGACUGAAGGCAUGUAGAAUCAAUGCUGUGGUCUAAUGAUUGACAGCUGGAGUGGAGCAAGCCCAUAUAUGAGCUUGUAUACCUCUUUGCUCCAGGCUGUGAGGACUCCUCUGCUGAACGGGUUGUGUCCAGAGGUGCCAGUGUCAUGCUCCCACUGUUUCUGCUGUUGCUAAGUCUGCAGUGCCUUAGCCAGCCUGCACGAGCAUCAGAAGUACGUAGAAGCUUUGGAAUUGCUGCUUCUGCCAUGCAGAAGACAUAAUGAUUAAAUACCAUGGCUUUGUUGAAACGAAAUUCUCCAUACCAAGUCUUUGAAUGCAAGUGCGGAGCAAGGCCACAGAAACAGUGUUAAACUCUUCAGGUUGAAGGCUGAAAUUGUUCUAUACAUUUCUUGGUUUUGAUGGGUUGUAAAAAUGCAAUCACACUUAUCACUAAUAGGGUGAUCAUACAUCAUUUUUCCAGGGCAUCAGCCAUUCAUUGGGAUCUAAAAGGCUGGCAUCUUUAAAUAACCAAAUUCCCAACAUUUUAGGUUUUGAUUUCAUGUUGAUAUUUGCUUUCUGCAGUCUGCACAGUGCCAUCCUCCUGUUCACUGUGUCCUUUUUUUCUUUAUUUGAAAAGCAUAAUAUGGUCCCCCUAACUAUGGUACAGUGUAUGUCUGGUUAAAUAUAUUGAUUUUGUUGUCCUGAGGCCACUUGGGUUGAUGUAUCGAUUUGACUCCAGACCUAAUUAAACCUCCUUGCCUUCUAA